AGUGUUAUCAAUGAUAAGAAAGAUACGUUUUUCUUUAAUGUUACAGUGCAUAAAUCGUUAUUGAUAAUGCAAUUUUUAAACGUGUUCUCAAUUUAUGUUUUUAUAACAUUACCAAUAACAUGUGUUGUAGGGGACACUCCUCCUCAAUUAAUUUAUGAAUUUAUUGAAAUAACAAAGAACCUAACAAAUGUUUUCAGAAUCGUCAACGAUAAUAAUCAUAUGACACAGGAUAAAAAACAGGAACAUGUCUUCACAACAUUAGACAUUGUUAACAUUAGGGUAAGAGAACUGAACCGAUCCUUGUACAAAGAUGAACAAAGUUUGAAUGUCAUUGCAACACUUGCAAGGGGUUUACCUGUUGUCGAGAUAAAUACCAUUGACAGCCAUUUUGGUGAAAUGGAGAAUUUUGUCAGACAGUAUAAAGAACUAUCGAGUUCGAUUUUACUUGAUAAUGCCAACAAAAUAAUUUUACCAAAUGCAAACUCAUCGGUUAUAUAUUUGAAACGAAGAAUUUACAAUCAGAUAAUAAAUCCAGAUUUCUUAGAUCCAUUUCUGAAAAGAUUGAAGAUGGAUUGGGAUUUCUGUAAUAUAUUGCAAUCUCCACAACAGAUAUUUUACAAUUUUGUUAAUGUUAUUCUAUUAAUACAUUGCAAAUCAUAUGUUCUUCAACAGACCGCUUAUAAUAUUAUAAACCUCUAUAAACCAGAGGAUGUUGCUAAGAAGAUUCAUCAAAGUCGAGCUGAUUUUAUCAGAGACAUCAAUAAUGUAAUAAGAAUGAUAAUAAAUAAUAAUGCUAAAGCAAUAUCAAAAGAGUUAUGGAGAUGUAAUCCCGAUAAGCAUAUUAAAGGCAAAACUUACUUGGAAAUUACUAACUUUCUUCACGGCUACAUAAUAAACAAAAAAAAUUUGAACCCCUACCAAAGAUGUGAAAACGAAUGUGACUCUUUUAAAAUGACAACAACUCAAAAUUGUGUUUAUGAAAAAGAAUGGUGUAAAGAAGAAAUUCCUUGUUCGAAAAUCAUUAGUUGUACAUCUCUUCAUUCAACAAUGCAUGUCUGUACUGCAAAUCUCCCUAAAGAUAACAGAAGAUAUCAUCACAUAAAACUAAGUAACGGAACAUUUUUUGGACCAAAGCGACAAUGCACUGGCAAUAUAAAAAUUCACACGUACAGUUAUCGGAAUUCUUAUUGUCCUUAUUGUUUUUGUUUGUGUGAGGAAGGACAGGUAUCAUAUUCGGAAAGAUAUGUUAAUCUGCGUAUUACUAAGGCUAAUAUAAGUGAUAACAGAGUUGUCACCGGCUUAAGAUUUAUUAAACACAAUCAAAUUGUACACUUGCACAUACAAGAAGGUAAACUUCUUGAAAAAGGAUAUGUAGAUCCAAAAACUGUUCAAUGGGUUCCCCCCGAUAACUAUAAAAUCGAUGAUAGAAAUAUUUAUGAAGAGGAAGAUUAUCAUACACUUUCUUGGGAAGAACGGAGUCUAGAGCUAACCGAAAUUGUGGCCGAAGAAGGAUCAGUUGUAAUAGGUGUUAGGUUCAAAAAAACUUUGGGUGGUGUAAAAUUAGAAGUUCUAACAACGACAUUUGAUUUUGACACUGGAAAAUUAGAAGACAAUACAACUUGGAACAUUUUCAAAAACACCAUUACACCUAAUCUGAUCAACCAAGAAAUCAAAUUAGACUCACCUGACAUUCCUAUUCAUAAAAAUUUGGCUUCCAUCGAUUUUUCAGAAAAUACGUAUAUUAAUUUUACAAAUACUGACUACGAUAAAGACGCCGGUCAGACGACAGUACCAUUUUUUGACGCUCAGCCUGUUUAUAGUACUGCUCCAACUCCGUUAUCUGGCAUCGGUCUCUUCCAUAAAGGACGAAAAGGAUCUGGAGGUUUUAUAACACCAAAAAUUCUAACUUACGAUUUAACUAAACAUAUACAUGCCAUAUAUUCGGAGACUCGUGUAUUGUUUGAUAAACCAAUAACAAAAUUUCGAAUUCAUACCCCGCCACUUAUGACUACUAGUUUUGUAGACAAUCCAACGAGUAAUUUCAGUAUAAUAGCAGACAAUGUGACCAAAAAAACUGAUUUAAAAGCAAGGAAUACAACGACUGAUUCUUUGUUAGAUACAACGAUAACUAAAUUUCAAACUUCUACCAAGUCACCUGGGACUUCCAAUUUUGUAAAUAACCAAGAAACGAUAACCACAAAUAAUGUUCUCAAUUCAAGCAUCACAAUAACCACUACUAUAACAGUCCGCCCGGACAAAAAUAGUGAAGAAGAUAUUUCUCAGACAAUUACAAUGAUUUUUAUUCUUGUUCCACAGUUGCUGCUUAUUAUUUUUGCUAUAGUUAUUUUUAAAAAGCAACUGAAGAAAAUGUGUUUCAAAACUGAUACGGACAGAAGACCAGAAACUAUACCACUACAAAAUGUUGUAAUUGAGAGCCACAAUUUAAGUAACAUUAAAAAAGAAAACUUUAUAGAAUAUUUGAAUUGCAAAUUAGAAAAAAACGAAUUAGAAGAUGAUUUUCUGAAAUUGCCGACUGUUACGGACAAAACAACGUGGGAAGCAUUAAGAAAUAUAAAUAAUAAUAAAAACCGACAUUGUAAACGAAAUAACCUUCCAUAUGAUUAUAAUAGAGUUGUUCUUAAAAAGCUGGACGGAGUGGGAACAGGCGAUUACAUAAACGCUAGUUAUAUUAAUGGAGUUGAUCGCUCCAAGGCAUACAUCGCUAGUCAAGGGCCAAAAUAUUACACGCUACGAGAUUUUUGGAGGAUGAUUUGGCAAGAAAAAGUAGAAGUAAUAGUAAUGGCGACAAAUUUCAUGAAUCACGACGGAAAUAAAAGACUAUGUGCCGAAUAUCUACCUCCAAAAGUAGACUCAAUUUUUGAAUGUGGCCGCAUCAUAGUGGAAUUAAUUAAUGAAGAAAACUAUGAAUAUUAUGUCAAAAGAAAGUUAAAAGUUCGUUAUUUGAAAUUCCAACGAGAAAUCUGCCAUAUUCACAUAAAAUGGCAAUCUGAUAGUCAACUUUUUUAUUCAAAUGAUUUAAUGCCAGUUGUCAAAGAAAUAAGUCAAGUAUACGAAAAAACUUUGCAUCCAGUUUUAAUACAUUCUGGGUAUGGUACAACUAGAACGGGUGUUUUAAUCCUGUGCGAUAUGGCACUAAAAAUGCUUAAAAGUUGCAACACUGUUAAUAUUUACGACUUGGCUAAGAAAUUGGCAGAACAAAGAUGCAGUCUUAUAAAUUCGUCGCAACAAUAUAUAUUCGUUCAUUUAUUGAUAUCAGAAUAUAUAACGGAAGAAGAUUAUCCAUUAACAGAUAAUGCAUCUGAAAUUCUUCAAGAAGAAGAGGCUAAAAAUCUUUUGAAAUACAUUGAAAAAUUAUGUUACCAUGACAAAAUUGUUCGAUCUUGGAUGUCUGAAGCUACAGAAACCAAUAUUCCUACAAUUAUGGCUGAUGGUUAUGGAAAACAUGACAAGUAUAUGAUUACACAACUAAGAAGACAUAUUAAAAACAAAUCAGCUGCGUUCUGGAUGUUAGUUGCUCAUAAGUCUGUAGAUUGUAUUGUAUCCUUAAACAACGAGACAAUGCAAUCGUAUCCUUGCAGAAGUGUUUAUGAAGACGUUAUUAUUAACGUAGAAUGUAUCAAAGUUACAGAAACUUGUGCUUUUGUUUUAAGAACGAUGUCUUUGCUAAUUUAUCAUAAAAAAACAAAAACGAUUCAACACAAAUCAGAGAUUGUACUAUACGAACUUAAAGAUGCGAAGCAAUCACCAUCUUUUGCAAACAAGAUUCUAACAUUAAUUUGUGAAGUUAAGAAAUAUAGUAAAUGUGUUGUUUCUUACAGCGAUGGUGUUACAAUGUGUGGGCUAUUUCUAGUAUUAGCGUAUAUUACAGACAAGUACAAGUCAGAAUGCAAAAUUGAUGUUGUUAAUGCCAUACGUGUUGCAAGAAGAACUGGUACUAAAUUUUUUAAUACUAAGAAACAAUUACAAUUUUUAUAUUCAUGUAUUUCUGAAUAUUUAGAAAAUUUUGGCGAAUAUACACUUAUUGAUGAGUGUAGUCCUGAUAUUAAGUCACAAGAAACUUAAAAAAGGUUGAUGUAAUGAUGUUUAACAAGUAUUUUUAUAACGAUUUUUGGCAUAGGACUAAUCAAGGCUUCCAGGUCGAAACCGGUUUCCUAAAAUAAAAAACAUGGGGACUGGGAGCGAUUUUUUGUUUACUGAAAUCUAAAAUGGACUGGGUUAGAAAAGGGAAUUAGUUAACGUUAAUUACUUAAUUUAGGUUAAAAGAAUAAAACGGUGGAUAAAAAUGGGACGACAAAUUUUUGAAACCUGAAAAUUCAAUAAAGCUCUCUUUAUAUCC